AUGGCUAUUAUGAAAAAUAGCUUAAAAACUUUGAAUAAUACUACCAAAAAAUUAAAAAAUAUUGAUUUACUUAAGUAUAAAAAUAAUUUCUAUAAUAAAUUUAAAGAAUUGAACGAAAUAUCUGAUAAGGAAAUAGAUAAAGAAAGAAUUAUAUUAAGAAGUUAUUUAUUUAAAAAAGAAGAAGCAUAUUUGAACGAAAAAGAUAUAAGUAAAAUUCUUAAUAAAAUUAUAAAAAAAAGAAUUAAAAAUGAAUAUAUAUGGAGUAAUAUAAAAAAUUUGAUUUUCAAAUUUAAUUUGAAAUAUAUAAAUGAUUAUUCAUCACAUAAUGAAAAUAAUAACAAAUCCUUAACUUAUCAAAAUAAAGAAUUAUUUUAUUAUAAUAAAAACUUUGAUCAUAUAAAUGUGUAUUUACUAGCAAUAGCAAUACAAGUUUUAAAUAAAAGAAAUGCCAACUUAUUUAACUUCCUUUUUAUUUAUUUAAAAUAUUUUUGCACAAAUAUUGAACCAAGGCAUUUUCUUCAUAUAUUUUUAAUAUUAGUGAAAAACACAUAUCGUGAUAUCAAUAAUUUAAGUAAAAGUAAAUCUCUUGAAGAAGUAAAUAAAUUCAAUAAUGAUAAUAAAAAUAAUAAUAGAAGUAAUACUACUUUAAGUUAUCUUCACACUAUUAAAGAAAUAUAUGCAGAUAAAAUAAUUUGUUCUGAAAAAAAUUUUAUAGAGCUUUUAAGUAGAUAUUGUAUUGAUAGAAUAAAUUUUUUUUCUUUUAAUGAUAUUAGCUUAAUAUGUGAAUCACUUUGCUAUUUUUCAUUGAAAGAAAACCCUUUUUCCGACUAUUGGAAUAUAUUUCUCUUUUACAUAUUUGAAAUAAAUACAAAAAAUAAAAAUUUAAGUGAAUUUGACAAAGAAAAUAAAGAUAGUUUAUUAUAUGCAAGAAAUAAUUUUUUUAAAAAAUAUGAACAUUCAGGAUUAUUUAUAAAAAGAAAAAUAAAAACACAUGACGAAAAUAAGGAAUAUAAUAAAUAUAUUGAAUUAAGUGGAAAAAAUAUAUUAAGUAUUCUUAAAUAUAUUCAUAAUUAUUAUAUUGUAUACCCUGAAAUAAAAAAAUUAGCAAAAAAAAUAAAAAUUAUUUUUUUGAAAUAUAAUUUUGAUGUAACUUUAUAUGAAUGUUCAGAAAUUUUAUAUUAUUUUAAUUUAUUAAAUGAAUUAAAUAUAAAAAUUAUAAAGGAUAAAAUAAAUAUAUAUGAAUAUCAAUUUAAAAAUGUAUAUUUAAGUUUUCAUGAUUUAAAUUGUUUAUUAAAAUUAUCUGAAUUAUAUCAAAACUAUAGCAAACAAAUAGCUUUUUUAAAUAUCUUUUUACAUAAUAUACAUAAAUUUUCCAUAGAAAAUGUUGAAAUGAUAUUUAAGUUAAUAUUUAAAGAUUAUGAAUAUAAUUUGCUUAAUGAAUUAGAACAUAAUAGUAAUAGUAGCAUAACUUAUUUAAGUAAUUAUAAUGACACCCAUUAUAAUUACAUUUACAAUUAUAAUUUCGUAGAUAAUACUUUUUUACAUGAUUUUAAUUUUUCUUUUUUAUAUAAAAAUAAUUAUAUAAAUUGUAUCAAAGAAAAUUCCAAAAAAGAUAAAUAUAAGGGAAAUAAACUUAAACAAUUUAGUGAUAAUUCUUCUGGUUAUAUAAAUUUAUUUUAUUCUAAUAAAAAUGAUUUGAAUUAUAUACAUAAAAAUGAUAAUUAUAUAAAUAAAGAAAAUGUAUCUAUGGAUUGGAAUGGUAGUGAAUUCAUAUUAUAUAGAAGAAAUAAUAACAAAUGUUAUUAUGAUAAUGAUACUAAUAAUAGUAAUUUAUUAAAAAGUUUAUGUAUUUUAUUCUCAUCUUUUAGUGAAAUUAUAGAAAAAUUUUCUUACAAAGAAAUAUUCUUUUUAUGUGAAAUUUUGAAUAGACAGGAAUUUGUACAUAAUUCUAUCCUAGUUGCAAUAAAUAACAAAAUAUGUGAAGACUUAGAAAAAUAUUAUUUUAUUUCCCCUUCUUAUUUAGACUAUAUAUUUUUUAUUACUUUAUUUAUUUAUAGUAAAGGUUUUAAAGAAGAAAAACUACUAAAAUAUCUAAUAAAUUUUUUUCUAAAUAAAAAAGAUAUUUCCUUAAAAUACAAAUAUCAUUAUUUCUUUUAUCUAUUAAUUCUAAAAAAAAGUACUAUUCCUGUAGAAUACUUCAAUUUUAUACUUAAAAAUAUAGCAUUAUUUAAUUAUCCUACAUUAUACAAGUAUAUUUUGAUUUAUUUUUUAAAAAAUUCAAAAAAUAAUUAUAAAUUUUUAUUAAAUAAAAACAAAAUAAAAAAAAAGAAAUAUAUAAAAGUAUCUUCAUGCAAAUAUAUUGCAGUAAAUAGUAUUUUCAAUACUUCUUAUUUUGAAAAUCUUCUUAUACUUAAUGAAAAUUAUUUUAAUAGAGAAUUACUUAAAAUAUUUUUAUAUUUAUGGUCAAUUACUACCUCAAGAUCUGGUAGAAAAUUCAUUGAUUUAAUAAUUAUACUAAAUAAAUUCUUCGAUGAUAAAAAUGUACGAGAUUAUUUAUUCAAUAAAAUUAUAACUAAAAAAAUAGAACGGUAUAUUAGACUAUUGAAAAAUAAGAAAAAUAAAAAAUAUAUAAUUCUUUGCAGUAACCCAAUAAAUAAAGAAUAUAUUACUUUUGAUAUAGAAAAAUCCCAAUUAUUAAACAGGGAUAUUUCUUUAAAAGAAAGUAUCUCAAAAAAUGAAAGUGAUAAAAUAUCAAAAAUAAAAAAUAGUAAUAAUUAUAUAUUAAAUGAUUAUAAAUAUAAAAAAAACAUUGUAAUUAGUAGAGACACAAAAAAUACAAUACCAGCAAAGUACUUAAAAAAUCAUAAAAAGGGAUCUCCUGUGCAACAUUUUUUAUCUAUAUAUUAUGGAUAA